CCUUGCUGCUCAGCGAAGCACAAGAAAAAUUACCUGAUUUCUGCACCACCAUUGCAGACGGUGGAAUGAACAUGCAUAGCCUUUAAGCCGUGGACCUGCGCUCUGGUCUGCCGACUGCUACUGGGUAUCAUGGUCGUGUCGCCUGCAUUAGAUACGUGACCAUUUUUUUUCUCUUGCAUUAUUUUAUUUCAAGUAGGAUAGCAGCAUACACAAGCAUUAACUAAUAUUGAUAACGAUCUAGAUGUCACCUUGAUACAUGUUCGGUUCCCAAAACUAGAAUCUGUUACGAACAGAGUGGACUAUGAUUUGUAGACUUUACCCUUUGCCAAAGUUGUAAAAAAAUCGUUGUUUAGAAGGAGUGUGAAGGAUAAUUUACUUAUUGUACACGCGCACCUCACAGAGUAGGUGUUCCCUAAAUUUAAAUAUGCAAAUAUAUGCUCGAACACGCCAAUAGGAUCUCGCUUGCUUGUGCUUGGCUCUGCCCGCCUCCAUGCUUGUUCUGCCCUCUAUGACUAAUUUGUUCCCGUUUGAAAUGUUAGGCUGUGGUCUAUCUUGGUUGAGUUAAACAAAUCUUUGCCCAUACUCCCGGUUGCCAUUGGGAUGCUUCUGUAUUUAAACUAUGCCACUAUGUUUACAUACCCUACAUUACUCAUCUCAUAUGUAUAUACUGUACUCGAUACCAUCUACUGCGUCUUGCCUAUGCCGCUCUGUACCAUCACUCAUUCAUAUAUCUAUGUACAUAUUCGUUAUCCCUUUACACUUGUGUGUAUAAGGUAGUAGUUUUGGAAUUGUUAGUUAGAUUACUCGUUGGUUAUUACUGCAUUGUCGGAACUAGAAGCACAAGCAUUUCGCUACACUCGCAUUAACAUCUGCUAACCAUGUGUAUGUGACAAAUAAAUUUGAUUUGAUAUCUGCUCUCGGCCGGCACACUCAUUAGGCAGGAUUAGGUGCCUAUGGCGGCAGAUUGAUGAGGGAGGCAUUUUCUGAGCUAAACUGACCAAGACGCACCUCCAACAACAACACAUAAAACCUCAUAUAAUUCUGCCCAAAAACAAUGACAAUUUCUCUCAACCAGUGGCAUAUGGGCUUUUUAGGUGAGCGCUAAAUCUGCCCUUUGAUAAGCAGUGCCCACUUUGUCAAAGGCAAGGCAAAAUAUUUUGCUUGUCCAUUCGCAGCGCGACUCUCCAUGGUGCUGUUGGAGAGACGCAUCUCUGCAGCGUUCCAAUGUUCAGUCAAAAAAAUAUCUAACAUAAAUCAUGUUGCAGAUAUAGGAUAUAUAAAAACUAUGUGGCUUUUUCUGUAGCCUACAGGCUGGAGAAAAAAAUGCAUGACAAUGUAAUGAGGACACUUUUUUACAUCCUGCAGGUUUCUCCGAUCAAAUAGCCUAACCUAAAUGGCGCUCAAUCAAUAAAAAAAUGUUGAUUAGGUGACCAUGAUGGUUCGAGGGCCAGAUUGGGAAUUUAGCAAGGACAGGAGGGUUAACACCCCUACACUUACAAUAAAUGCAACCUUUCGGUUACAAUUCCAACGCUCUAACCAAUAGGCUCCUGCCGCCCCAAUGAUUUCCACGGACAUUGGGUUUUGGUCCGGUCGGGACCAAAUCUUAACUUGAUUUCAACGUCCACGGAUAUUUAAGGUUCUGAGUGUUUGGUUCAGAUUUGGUGUUCUCCAGACCGCCUUGAUUUCAACGUUCACGAUUGGUUGAUUUUGUCUGGUCCGGAACAAAUCUGAACCAAUCAUAUGUUUGGUUCAGAUUUUGUCCCGUAUUGACCAGCCUUGGUUUGGCCCAAACAUAGAUGUCUAUAAAUGACUUAUUUUCAACUUUCAUUCAGAACCGAAAAUUAACCUGAUUUCAAACUUCCGGAAAAUACAUAUUUUUCAACAUCCGGAAAAGAUGCAUUUUCAAUGUCCUGGAAAUAUGUAUUUUAAAUAUACAGAAAAUAUAUUUUCAUCUUUCAUUCAAUAACCUAAAUUGAACCCAACUUCUGGAAAAUACGUCCUUUAGACGUCAUUUUGCUUACUGGAACUAUUCUAGUUUUGCAGGGGAACGCCAUUUUUUGGUCUUGCCUAAAGGCGGCAGAAUCAGUGUUACUAUCAACUCAUAGUGCAGCCCAAUCAGCCACGCAAAACAGUGUUGAGUGGCAGCAAAUCUGUCCAAUUAGCUAAGUCGCUUUCCAUACACCCACUCCUUUCGAAACACCUACUCGCCCAAACUCCGGUCGCCAUAUCGAGUUGCAGCUACCCAUUCGUGAGUUAGCGCCUACAAAAAGACGCCAUUACUAUGUCUCUCCAUGGGCGUAGUCCUUCUUCCCAACAUAAUGGCCCUAAAACUACAUCUCCCACGGCGCACAACUGUAGACCUGAAACUGUAUUCCUCAUAAUCGAUGAUCUCAACUUAGUUUCCUCUCUAGUGGCAUGAAGUAGGCUAGCUGGUGGAAUAUAGGUACCGGGGCUAUGGAGCGAGCUGAAAAUACUAUCUGAUAACGGUAUCCGCUGAACUUUUUGUUCACAUCAAAAAGUUGAGGACCCAACACAGCCAUGCAGUUCAAAUACAGAAGGCACUGAUUUAUUUUUAUAUGCUUUUCUGUUGUCCUUCAAGUGCUGGCCAAGAUGUCUGUGGAGGAACAGGAAUAUCCAGAGGCGACUCUGGUUGCAGAGGCCGGGCCGCAGUGGUUUCGGGCGGAAUUAGAACGCCUAUCCCGGGAGUUGAGCGAGACGACUCAUGAGAAGAUCCAGGCGGCGGAAUACGGGCUUGCGGUGCUCGAAGAGAAGCAACUGCUCAAACAGCGGUAUGAUGAGUUGGAGACUGAGUUCGAGAGCGUUCGGCAGGAACUCGACCAGCUGAAGGAGGCAUUUGGUCAGGCCUACUCCACCCAUAGGAAGGUGGCUGCAGAUGGGGAGAGCAGGGAGGAGUCACUGAUGCUGGAGUCAGCCAGUAAGGAGGCCCAAUAUCAGCAGAUGGUCCUGGAGCUGCAGAAUGAGCUGCGGUUGGCCAAAACCGCCCUCACUAGUACCCAAUCAGAGAACGAGCGCCUGGCUGCCGUCGCCCUGGAAAUGAGAGAGAGCUCUGAGCAGGUGGAGUUGCAGCGCACCCAACUGCGUGAUGACAUCCGAGAGUAUAAAGUGCGGGAGGCACGUCUGCUGCAGGACUACAGUGAGCUGGAGGAUGAGAACAUCUCCCUGCAGAAACAGGUGUCCCUGCUACGACAGAGCCAGGUGGAGUUUGAGGGUCUGAAGCAUGAGAUCCGUCGCCUGGAGGAAGACUCCCAGUGCCUCCACAGCCAGCAGGAGGAGGCCAUACGCCUGAGGGAGAUCGCCGAGCGCCAGCUGACCGAGGCUCUGGAGACCAUUAAGACUGAGCGCGAGCAGAAGGCCGCCCUGCGUAAAGAACUGUCCCACUACAUGACCAUUGGGGACAACCUGUUACCAUACUACCACAGUUCCCUCAACGUCUCCGUGGACGGACUCAAGUUCAGCGAGGAUCCCACUGCUGCCACCAACGUGCCGAACAACGAUGACUCGUUCCGCGGCUACGAGAACGGCCUGGCCGAGAUGGCCGCCGACGCCAACGAAGAUAACAAAGCCAAACUUCGGCCCGCCCCCAGCCUAGUGGAUGACCUGCUGAGUGAACUCAACAUCUCAGAAAUCCAGAAACUCAAGCAGCAGCUCAUGCAGGUGGAGCGAGAGAAGGCGGCGCUCCUCUCCUCUCUGCAGGAGUCCCAGAAGCAGCUGGAGGUGGCCCACGGGACUCUGUCAGAGCAGCAGGAGACGGUGGGACGCCUCACCGAGAACCUCAGUGCCAUGAGGAAACUCCAGGCCAGCAAGGAGCGCCACUCGGCCCUGGACAGCGAGAAAGAGCGAGACAGCCGCGAUGAUGGUGACGGGGACUACUACGAGUUGGACAUCAACGGGCCUGAGAUCCUGCAGUGUAAGUAUACCAUCGCCGUAUCAGAAGCCGGGGAGCUCAGACAGGAGCUGAAGACUCUUAAAGCCGAGUACCAGUCUUGCCGGAGCCAGUACGAAGAAGAGCGAGUCCGCCUGGAGAGCGACGUGGCAGGGCUGAGCGAAAAGCUGGCCUCCCUGGAGAAGAGCAGCCGGGAGGAGCACGAGGAGGUGGCAAGGCUGGUGAAAGAGCUGCGGCGAGUGAGUGAAGCGGUUGGCGAGUCGCAGGGAAGCCUGAACGUGGCGCAGGACGAACUGGUGACGUUCAGCGAGGAGCUGGCCAACCUUUAUAACCACGUGUGCAUGUGCAACAACGAGACGCCCAGCCGGGUCAUGCUCGACUACUAUAAGGAAGGAAAGGCCAGUAUAGGGGGCAGGGGCAGCCGAGAGGGGAAGACACAACAUCUGUCCCAUGUUCUGCUCUCCAAUGGGCUGGUUCCUGAAACUGAACCCAUUCAAUCUGAAGCCAGUGAUCCAGCCACCCCAGCCCCAAUCCCAGAGUCCCGUUCAGAGCCCAUGAACAUCUAUAACCUAGUUGCCAUCAUCAGGGACCAGAUCCGUCACCUGCAGCAGGCGGUGGACCGCACCACAGAGCUGAGCCGCCAGAAGAUGGCCUCCAUGGAGCUGGGUACUGUGACCGAUAAGGACAAGGAGGCCUGCAUGGGGGAAAUCCUCAAACUCAAGUCUCUGCUCAGCACCAAGAGAGAGCAGAUUGCCACCCUGAGGACCGUGCUCAAGGCCAACAAACAGACGGCUGAGGUGGCGCUGGCCAACCUGAAGAGUAAAUACGACAACGAGAAGACCAUGGUGACUGAGACCAUGUUGAAGCUCCGAAAUGAGCUCAAGGGCCUGAAAGAGGACGCUGCCACCUUCACCUCAUUACGGGCCAUGUUUGCUACAAGGUGUGACGAGUAUGUGACCCAGCUGGAUGACAUGCAGAGGCAGCUGGCUGCAGCGGAGGAUGAGAAGAAGACCCUGAACUCCCUGCUCCGCAUGGCCAUCCAGCAGAAGCUGGCCCUGACCCAACGACUGGAGGACCUGGAGUUCGACCACGAACAGGCGCGCCGCGGCGGAGGAGUGGCGGCAGGCGGGCGGGGAAAAACCUCCUCAUUGGCGCGGGGCAAAGGGGCAUCGGCCAAUCAUUAUUAAUUUAAUCAAGGCCAGUGUCCCCUUCAAAGGUUGACAGAUGACGAUGAUUACUUCAGUACCCCCCCCCCCCCCGUGGCCUGAGACCCAUGUCAGAGACACACACUGCUGUAAUGCGAGGACUUUGAUUUCUGAGUGCAAACACUGAGCGGAGUUGAGCGGUCAGAGAUCCCACUCACUGCUCACGGAGUAGUCUUCUGCCUCUCCAAAUUCACUCCAUUCAUUUUGUGUUUCAAAAGGAUCAUUUAACAAACACCCCAUCUACUUUUGUGACACUGUACUCAUAUCAACAUCUCUUUGCAUUAGUGAUGGGGUAGGCUAAAUAAAUACAACAGAAUAGGCAUAAUUAAAAGAGCAUAAUGAGGGAAAUGAAGAAUGCUGGCUAGAGCAUGCCCAAUUGAAGCAGGAUAGAAGGUCGACGCUCCAACGUUUUAGAAAUUCGCUCCACGCUCCAGCCAAAUGAAGCACGCUCCACUUCAGCUCCACUCUGCUCACGUCCUCUGACACACACACACACACACACACAUAUGCUCUAGGCCCCUACAGACACACGUGAAACCCCUAGGGGUUUGGUCCCUCUGUGCGGCUACAGGAAACAAGAAAGUCUCCUCGGUAUGAUGACCAAUAGAGGUCUAUUUCUAUGGAUAUGACCGACAGUUUGAUCCUCAUUUGUGAUCCAGUCACUCACUCCACAUUGUCCACCUCUAUACUAUUAUAACUCUUGUGUCUUUCCCCCGACGACAGCCGACUCCAACUCAACUCCACGAUUUACGAUGGAGUCGAGUGGUGUCUAGUGUUGGCGGACUGGAGCGCCAAAGUCACAUAAAAACCCACUGUCGCGUGUAAUUGCGGGCUAUGUUUUGGGUGCUGAAGUCAUUUUAUGUGAUAGUCGCCGCUCAACUCCAUUGUAAAUCAUGGAGUUGAGUUUAAUCGGCUACCCGGAUGACUGCGCCAUUUUAAUGUAUUUAUUUAUCUUUGUUUGCUUGUUGUAACUCAGUGAACGUGUGAGGUGUUCAUAAGCUUUUUGUUGCAUUUAAUAAUUGUUGAUAAUCGGAACAUUCAUAAUAGAAUUUCCAUGGAGAGCAAACCUGUGUUGAUUUAUAUUUAUUCGUAGAGAAAGAUCAGAGGCAGGAAAGUCAUAGGAACUAAAGUGACUUGCUACAGUUUUCCCGAGGGUCGAUAUUCAGUGGGACUCCUAGGCUAAUGUAAGAAAUCUUGAUUGGAAUGAGUCCUUUCUCUCUUUGUUUUAAAUCUUGUCACAUGUAUUUAGAUGUUUUAUUUAACCUUUAUUUAUCCAGGCGAGUCAAUUAAAAACAAAUUAUUCUUUACAAUGACCGGCUGGCAAAUUUUUAUAAUGUUCAAGAAGGCUUUUUGGCACCUUAUUCUUCUAUCUUCUGGUCUUCGUUUUGACUAGUAGUGCCUUUCUGUCCACAAAAGAGAAGCUAGAUUUCGUUUUUUUUUUAUGUUUUCAAUGUCUUUGAGAAGGAAUUUGGGUGAGAGGUUUUGACCCCAGUCAUUACAGAUUGAGGGAAAUAACAGGAACUGUGGUGAAUUCUUUGAAGUGAUUCUGUGAUCCUGCAAAUGUGCAGAAUUGCAAAUUUAGGGGCUGUUAUUAUGAUUUAUUAUUAUAAAGAAAAAACGUAUUUUAAACGUUUUGAUACUAUAACUGUUAACUUUGGCUGCCGAGUUAGUGGUUCGAGGCAUUUACAACAGUGGCUGAUUGAGAGAUUACUAAUGCACAUACUUACUUAUAUUCCAGCGUUUGUGGCAAAGGUCAGGCAAUGUCAAUAUAGAAUUGACAAGUAUGGAGGAUCAUUUCUUUGUCUGUUUUAAUGCAAUUUUAUUUGCCCUUUUUAUGUCCUCUAAUAGAGUUGUCGUGACUUCAGCAAACAGAGGAAGUAAAGUCAUCAACACUUCUGCAGUGCCAUUUAAUUCACAGCUUUGUUGAUGCAAUAAAAUUUAAAUGUAUGACUUUUUUUUCCUCUCUUUUUUUUUUACAAGUGCAAUUUAAACGCAGUAUCAAUAUGGAAAUACGGUAUAAAAAUGCUGUCUGUUUGCUGAUGCUAUUGUUCUGUUUUACUACUUACUCACAAUCUUGAUCCAAUUUGAGUUUAUCUUUGUACUAAAUAACUUGUUUGUAUUUAUUUUAAACAAUGUCAUGUGUGUUCGUAUUGUCAAUAAUGUGGAUUAUGAUUAGUGGCAUAUUGAUACCAUGUUGAUGUAAUUUUCCAUGUUUUCUUCAAGGGACUUUGGGUGGAGAUGGUGGUCGCAUUCCACUGCUUGGUUCGUUGCAUGCAUCAACCAAUGGUUGCAUGCCAUGUCAUCGACUGACAGAUUGCUAUAACAUAAUGAUGUGGUUAGCUGAUGGGUAAAAUACCUAACCAGGUGUUGUAAGAUCUGGCAACGUCUAAGCAGUGGAAUGCUCAAUAGAAGCCAGUAGCCCACUUACCUAUGUGGUGGUGGUGGUGAUGAUGUUGCACUGGCAAGGUGCAUGCUUAAUAGUAUAAACUUAACUUCAGACUUAAUGUGGCGUUGUUGAGGUUAUUAAAACAUGUAUAUUGAUCCCAUUUCUGCUUCGGUCAUUCUGUCUCCCUGUAAAAU